AAACAUUCAAACAGAUCCAAAGGGGUCAGUAGAAAUUGAGGGUCUGACGGAAGUUGAAAUACCAGAUUUUGCAAAAGCCAGAUGGUGGUACACAAAGGGCAGGCGGGUUCGAACUACCUCAUGGACUAAUGUGAAUGAGGCAUCUAGCAGGUCACACUGUUUCAUAUAUCUAGCUUAACAAGGAUCCUCAUUUCUCGACAUGGGAAUACUCCGGAAGCUAGACCAAAAGUAAGCAAGCUAUGGAUGGUUGAUCUUGGAGGGAGUGAGCGAUUACUGAAAACAGGAGCCACUGGGCAAACCCUUGAUGAGGGAAGGGCUAUAAAUCUUUCCCUUUCUGCUUUAGGUGAUGUUAUUGCAGCCCUAAGAAGGAAGAGGGGCCAUGUGCCUUACAGAAAUAGCAAGUUGACUCAAAUCCUCAAAGAUUCCCUAGGUGAUGGUUCCAAGGUUUUGAUGCUUGUGCACAUAAGCCCUAGUCAAGAAGAUGUUGGGGAGACCAUCUGUUCUUUGAGCUUUGCAAAGAGGGCCAGAGCAGUGGAAUCUAGUAGAGAACUACUAGAGGACUUGAAGAAGCAAAAAGAAAAAAGGAUAUCAGAGCUUGAAGAGAACAUGAGAGAAGCAGAAGAAGAAUGCCAGGAGAUAACAAGUCAAAUAAAGAAGGCUGAGUUCCUACUAAGUGAGAACAAAAAACUUUACUCAACUUCUUAUGAGAUUCCUGAUGAGAAUGAAUUAAAGAGUCCUGAAAGCCCCAAAGAAGAUGUAAAAGAUCAUGUCAUUGAAGCACCUAAGAUAACUCAGAAAGCAAUGAAACAAAGUACUCAUCGUCCUCUCCCUCGGUUCAUGACUUCUACUGUGGCUAGUCGAGAAAGGCAAAGUGCUGCUGAAAGAGAAAUUGUUAAAAGGGCAAGAAGCCUGAGAUCAGGAGCCAGAAGUUCAGUGCAAUACUCAGGUUCUCAAUCCCUCAGUUUCUCAGAUCAUCGUUUUAGAGCAUUUUUACGGCACUCAAGGAAGAAUUCCAGAUUCAAAGACACUAAUGCACCAGCCACAGAGAGUCCAAAAUGUGAGGGCUCAGCCUUGAAGACAACCUCUCUGCCAAGAAGCAAGAUGGUCACUUCAUCUGAUCCCAACUUAAGAGUAACACUUAGUCGCCACAGAAGAAGGAUGUCUGAUUUUGUCUAACAAUGAAAAAGAAGUAGCUAUCUUGUAUCCGUUUAUAGUACAUGUAAAAUGUGUGGGGCGUUUAAUUUUCAUUUUUGCUCAGUCUUUUUAAUCUGUCUUUUCUUUUGCUUGUGUGUGGGGGGGUGUUUCCUGUUUAGAUAUGAAAAGAGUUUAUACAGGAAGCUGUGCCAUCAUAUAUUUUAUUAAGGGUGGUUUGCCGGCUUGUCUGGGAUCUGUAACUUAAUAUUUGUUUACAGGAUCCCUGCAUUAAAACGGUUUGUUUAGGUUUGAUAUGUACUGUUAACUUUCCAUUAACAUGAUUAUUGUAACCCAAAUGAUGUUCAUAUAUGAAAAAGCUAGCCUAGAUUCCUGCCUUA